GUGCCUUGUUUAAGCUCGUCAUUGUUCACGCCAAACCUUUUGCUACUACUACCGUCGGCCUUCUUCUUCUCUCAAACUUAGAUCUGGGUUUUUCUCAAACGAAAGCCCGAUUCUUCAACUUCAAUUUGGUCCCGCAGAAUUGGGGCGCAGAUAUCUGCAAAACAGAGCGAAGAUGGAGGUUUUCCUUCUUUCUUUUUUAGGGCUAAAUGGGGUCCAUGACAAGUAAAAAGGAAUAAAGGGUGACACGGUGUGUGAAAAAGAGUGAGAUUCGUACACAUCAGCAUCCAGCGCGUGAAAAAACGACACGCUGGCACGAGGUCUAUCCAUUAAUUCGAAGUGCUCAGAUUAUGCAUCACUUUGAGGAGGAAGAGGCGCCAACAAUGAUAGUGAUCAAAAAUGAGAAGUGCCCAAUCCAGAUUUUGAUGUCUGGCUGAAUAAUGAUGGGCUGCUUAUAAGUUGGCUACUUGGAACCAUGAAUGAAGAAGCAUUAAGUCUUGUUGUUGGAUGUGACUCGACUUUUCAAAUCUGGAAAUGCUUAGAGGAUCAUUACCUAGCAUCAACAGAAGAGCAAGAAAUGCAGCUCAAGGGACAAUUGGCAAUCAAACGAGGAGAUGGUGAAUCUCUUGAAGAAUUCAUCAGAAAAUUCAAAAGAACUUGUGAUAACUUGGCUACCAUUAAAAAGCCUUUAGAAGACUUAGACAAGGUGUUUCAACUUUCACGAGUUGUAGGAGCAAGAUACCAACCUUAUAAUCCUGUUCUAUCCAAAACUCCAUAUCCUACUUUUAAUCAAUAUACUGCUGGUUUACAACAUAAUGAAAGAGACUUGCAGAAUGCAGAACAAGAAAACAAGGAUAAAAUUCCAGUUUAUGCUCAAGCCUUUAUUGCACAUAGGGGGAGAGGACAUCAACAUGGCAGAGUGUAAUAUCCCAAAAUUUUCAAUAAAUAAAUAAAAAUCUAAGUU